CUCCCUCCUUGAAAAGAACAGAAAAGAAAAAAUUACGGUGAACCCCCGAAGUAGCGAGGCGAAGAAUCGCGCGGAGGCGGCGGAGCCAUGGAGCGGCUGCAGCGGAUCUUCGGCGCCUCCGGGAUGGGGCAGCCGCCGUCGGACUCGACGCUGCUCGACUCCUCCGAGCAGGUCUACAUCUCCUCCCUCGCGCUCCUCAAGAUGCUCAAGCACGGGAGGGCCGGCGUGCCGAUGGAGGUGAUGGGCCUGAUGCUGGGGGAGUUCGUCGACGACUACACGGUCAGGGUGGUGGACGUCUUCGCCAUGCCGCAGAGCGGGACCGGGGUCAGCGUCGAGGCCGUCGACCAUGUCUUCCAGACCAACAUGCUCGACAUGCUCAAGCAGACCGGGAGGCCAGAAAUGGUUGUAGGCUGGUACCACUCCCAUCCUGGCUUUGGUUGCUGGCUUUCAGGAGUUGAUAUCAACACUCAACAGAGUUUUGAAGCUUUGAACCCCAGGGCUGUUGCUGUUGUGAUAGAUCCCAUCCAAAGUGUCAAGGGGAAGGUUGUCAUUGAUGCAUUUCGCCUUAUUAACCCUCAGACCAUGAUGCUUGGCCAGGAGCCAAGACAGACGACAUCAAAUGUUGGGCACCUAAAUAAGCCAUCUAUUCAGGCUCUUAUUCAUGGGCUGAACAGGCACUACUACUCCAUUGCAAUCAAUUACCGGAAAAAUGAGCUUGAGGAAAAGAUGUUACUGAACUUGCACAAAAAGAAAUGGACUGAUGGAUUGAUUUUGAAGAGGUUUGACACCCAUUCAAAGACCAAUGAGCAGACCAUUCAGGAAAUGCUGAACCUUGCUAUCAAGUACAACAAGGCAGUGCAAGAGGAGGAUGAGCUGCCACCUGAGAAGUUAGCGAUAGCAAAUGUGGGACGGCAAGACGCUAAGAAGCACUUGGAAGAGCAUGUGUCGAAUUUGAUGUCGUCAAACAUAGUUCAGACGCUAGGAACCAUGCUCGAUACAGUUGUAUUUUAGACUGUUACUGCUGUUAUUCCAACAGUGUACCAAGAACCUGUUUGUUAUUUGUUUAUGUCUAUCAAAACCUGCCAUAAUUCAGUGAGCCUAAUGCCAGAUCGUUGGUUACAAUUUAAAAAUA